AUGUUCAAUAAGAUUGAUGGUGACUUUGAUGACGUGGCCAUUAACACCUUUAAGGUCGGCCUCCUAGCCAAGCACGGUUUAAGGAAGUCUUUGACUGGCAAGCCUAUCACCAAUGUACGCCAACUCAUGGGCCGGAUUGAUAAGUACAAGAGGGUUGAGGAAGACCAGCAGCAAGGGAAGGGAAAGGCUAAGGUUAUCCCUCAAGAGAUUAGGGAUUUCAAGUCAAACAGAUACAAUAACAAUCGACCUCGGAGGGACUUUGCUGGUGAUCAUCCUAAGGAUUGGGGGUACGAUGUGAAGAGGGUGAUGGUGGAUCAAGGCAAUGGUGCUGAGAUUAUGUACCCCGACUUGUACAAGGGGCAGAACUUAAGACCCGAAAACUUAACAGCUUACAAUUAUCCUUUGGCCCUGGCUUCUUCAUGUCCUGGGAGCCGUUUCUUCUACUCUGCACUAAAAGCCGAGGAGGCGAAAUGCGAAGAUUUGAAGAAGGUUGUUGUAGGCGAUGAUCCGGAGAAGUUUUUUCAGAUCGGAGCUCAGCUGCCUCCUCAAGAGAAGGAAGAGCUAAUAGAUUUUCUUAGAAGAAAUGCUGACAUGUUUGCAUGGAAGCCCCAAGGGUCGAUUCGAACUUCAUCUGCACACACCGUUAUUGUCCUAACUCAACUUCCGCUCAGGGAUUUGCUCCGAAGUACUGAUUACACAGGGAGAAUUGCCAAGUGGGGUAUAAUCCUAGGGGCUUUUGACAUCAAAUACAUGCCUCGUACCUCUGUCAAGGGCCAGGUCCUUGCAGAUUUGAUGGCUGAGUUCGCUGAAUCCCCGUAUGAGAAAGAGGUGGAAACACAACACAUGGAUGAAAAAUCAAUUGGCAUAAUCUCCCUGCAAGAACCCUUAGUCUGGAAGGUAUAUGUUGAUGGUGUGGCGAAUCAAAGGGGGUCCGGAGUGGAGCUAGUUCUGGUCUCACCCAAGAAAAUCACCAUAGAGAAAUCAUUAAGAUUGGGAUUCUCAGCCACAAACAACAAAGUUAAGUAUGAAGCUCUAUUGAUGGGAAUGGCCAUGGUCCAAAGAAUGGGUGGACAAGCAAUGGAGAUGUUCUCGGACUCAAGAUUGGUUGUUGGCCAAGUGAAGGGGGAGUUAGAAGCGAGAGACGAGAGAAUGCAAGGGUACCUAGUUCAAGUUAGGCGUUUGCAAGCAGGGUUCGAAUCUUUCAAUCUAUUGCAUAUCCCUAGAAGUGGAAACACACAUGCCAAUUCCCUAGCCACACUUGCAACCUCCUCGGCGCAAAGAUUACCUCAGGUUAUCCUGGUAGAAGACUUGUGCAAGCCCACAGAGGUAAAGAAAGAGGGGGUCUAUCACCAAGUUAGAAUAGGGCCUAGCUGGAUGGACCCUGUAGUACUAUUCUUGAAAAAGGAUAUCCUGCCCAAGGAGAAAUUAGUGGCUGACAAGGUUCGGAGACAAGCACCUCGAUUCUGGCUAUCCGAGGACCAAAAAUUGUACAAACGCUUCUUUUCUGGGCCAUAUCUACUCUGCAUAUACCCCGAGGUAUUAGAAUUACUCCUUGAGGAGUUGCAUGAAAGGAUUUACGAAAGCCACACAGGAGGCAGAUCUUUAUCUCAUAGAGUCAUCACACAGGGCUAUUGGUGGCCAAAUAUGCAAAAGGAAGCACAGGAAUAUGUGAAGAAGUGUGAUCAAUGUCAAGAAUUCGCACCAAACAUACACCAACCAAGAAGAGUCCUUAAUCCCCUGUCUAACCCAUGGCCAUUUGCUCAAUGGGGCUUAGAUAUUGUUGGUCCUUUCCCUAAAGCAGCAGGGAACAAAAGAUAUUUGCUAGUCGAUACAAACUACUUCACCAAGUGGGUGGAAGUUAAGCCUUUGGCAAAUAUCAGGGACGUGGAUGCUAAGAAAUUUGUUUGGAAAAACAUUAUCACACGGUUCGGGGUCCCUCGUACCCUCAUCUCAGACAAUUGCCUUCAAUUUGACAGCAAAUCUUUUAGAAGAUAUUGUUGUGAUCUUGGAAUUAUGAACAAGUAUUCAACCCUAGCUUAUCCCCAAAGGAAUGGACAAGCCGAGGCUGUAAACAAGGUCAUAGUGAAUGGACUCAAGAAGAGGCUAGAUGACGCGAAGGGAAAAUGGGUAGAAGAGCUGUCACAUAUCCUCUGGACAUAUAGAACUACACCUCGUAGGUCAACAGGAGAGACCCCAUUUUCAAUGACCUAUAGAGUCGAGGUUGUCAUUCCUUUAGAGAUUGGAUUCCCAACACUGAGAAAAAGUUCUUUCAAUCUGAGUGGUAACAAUGGGUUGCUUGAAAAAAAGCUUGGACCUUAUUGA